AUGUUUUCGGAGGAUCUCGAGAAUCGAAGGCGAAAAAGCUUCGGAUCCUUUAGCGUGCUUACAGAUAAUGUUAUAUCUGAAUGCAUUCUGUCGAAGUUGUCUGCAAAGGUAUCGUUGAUCACUGAACUUAAAUUACUGAACCUUAUACCUUUAUCUUUUAUAGAGCUAGCCCUAUCUUCAAGGGUAUCUAAAUUCUUUUACAUAUUCGCACACGACGAUCAACUUUGGAAAAAACAUUGUUUGGAUAAAUGGGGACACGAUAGGAGAGUCAUGGAGAAUUUUGUAUAUCGCAGAAGUUGGUUGCUAAGCUAUUUGUUUCCUACAUCAUUGAGUGAACAAGAGGAACAAAUGAUCUGUAAUCAUCCUGCCCAACAGACUUUUUAUUUUUCAGAUGUUUCAAGUUAUUAUUUAUAUGCAAAAUGGUGUCGCUGCAACAUGAAUCUCAGUAAUUUCGUUCCUUCUCAGGAUUUACCUCUUGAGACCAAGAUACCAGUGGAAGAUGGGAGAAAUCUCACUAGAGAGAGAUUUGAAGCUUUUUAUGAUGCACAGGCUGUUCCCGUGUUGAUUACCAAUGGAGAAAUAGAAAAAUGGAAAGCCUGGAAUGAUUGGAAGUGGGAGAAUUUAUUGCAAAAGUAUGGAAAACAAGCGUUUCGAGUGGCAAAUGAUCACGGAGGAAAAAAUCGUUAUUUUCUGAUGACUUUGAAUUCUUAUGCGCAUUACAUGAAAUUUCAGUGCGAUGAAACGCCUUUGUACGUGUUUGACAAUGAAUUUGCUGAUAGGAAUCCCGAAAUGGCUAAUGCCUAUGAG